GUGAGAGAGCAUUCGGCGCUGAAGUGUGUCAAAACUGACGCUGCGGCUUGACUGGAAUUUCAGGAAUAUAUUUUACUUAGCCGGACAGGACGGAGACCUGCUUUGAGGCGUGCAUCUUGUACGAAAAGCAAGACUGUUUAAGUUGUCAGAAAUACAAAUGUCGUCUACAUUCCCUCUAUGCUCCCCACCAUGAAUAUGGGUUGAUCUUCUGGCUCCUUGCUUCACUUCUUCAAACCUAUUCCAAUGUCUGAGGACUCAGAAUCCAAACCGUACCUGUUCUCCUCCCUGGAGGGGCAGAGUGAAGCAGCCGGAUGCAGUUCAAUGUCGACGCUGCAUCGUAUGGGCAGUUUCGCGGAGGGGACCAAACUUGGCCUGGCAUCUGAAGGUAGCGACAGCAGCCAAGACACUCCCGCCUCACCCCACAACAAACGGAAGAUGGCCCAUUCCCUCCAUGAGGAUGUGGAGAUGAAGAGCAGCAGGUCCAGUGGGAGUGGAACAGAGUCUCAUGGCAACGAGUCCCAUGGUAAUGAUUCCCAUGGAAAUGAGUCCCAUGGCAAUGAGUCUUCUGGGAGUUCCAAUAGCCGAAGCAAGGAUUUGGCGCUAUUAGAGUCAUUGGCGAGUAACAAAAGCUCCAACUCUCAUAGUCCUUCACCGCCCAGCAGCAUGAACGCCUUCAGCCUUCUGAGCGCCAGUUCAGAGCAGGACAACCCAUCUUCCAGCGGCUGCAGUAGCGAAGAAUCCGCCAAGGCGAAGACACAGAAAGAAUUGCUUAAAACUUUGAAAGAGCUGAAGCUUCAUUUGCCGCCGGAAAAGCGGAACAAGGGCAGCAAGUCGACGACGCUCAACACUCUGAAAUAUGCCCUGCGCUGCGUCAGACAGGUGGAGGCAAAUGAAGAAUACUACCAGCUGCUUAUGAUUAAUGAUAGUCAGCCAUCGGGGCUUGACGUUUCAUCAUAUACCAUAGAGGAGAUAGACAGCAUCACCUCUGAAUACACCCUCAAAAACACAGAUAUCUUUGCAGUGGCGGUGUCACUCAUCACUGGAAAGAUUGUCUAUAUUUCAGACCAGGCCGCCUCCAUCUUGAACUGCAAACAGGACGUGUUCAAGAAUGCUAAGUUUGUGGAGUUUCUUACACCGCAGGACGUUAGUGUGUUUUAUAGAUUCACCACACCCUACAGACUGCCGUCUUGGAGCAUGUGCACUGGCGCAGAGUCGUCACCAUCAGACUGCAUGCAGGAGAAAUCCUUCUUCUGUCGCAUUAGCGGUGGUAAAGAGUGUGAGGGAGAUCGUCAGUACUAUCCCUUCAGAAUGACUCCUUACUUGAUGAAGGUUCAGGAUAUGGAGCACUCUGAAGAUCAGUUCUGCUGCCCCCUGCUGGCCGAGAGAGUGCACUCUGGCUACGAAGCUCCAAGGAUCCCCACGGACAAACGAAUCUUCACCACAACACACACUCCCAGCUGUGUGUUUCAGGAUGUGGACGAGAGGGCCGUUCCAUUACUAGGAUACCUGCCACAGGAUUUGAUUGGCACACCUGUCCUGCUGCACCUACAUCCCAGUGAUCGACCAGUCAUGCUUGGCAUCCACAGGAAGAUCCUCCAGUAUGCUGGCCAGCCGUUUGACCACUCGAUCCGCUUCUGCGCUCGUAAUGGAGAGUACAUCACCAUAGACACCAGCUGGUCCAGCUUUGUCAAUCCGUGGAGCCGCAAAGUUUCCUUCAUCAUUGGCAGACACAAAGUUCGCAUGGGUCCAGUGAAUGAAGAUGUGUUUGCAGCUCCAGCUGCAGCUGAGGGCAAAUCUGUAGACUCCGACAUCCAGGAAAUCACUGAGCAAAUUCACAGACUCCUGCUGCAGCCGGUACACAACAACGGUUCGAGCGGCUAUGGGAGUCUGGGCAGUAAUGAUCACCUGCUGAGUGUGGCAUCGUCUAGUGAAAGUAACGGUAAUGGAACACACCUGCGACAAGAGGAAGAGGAUGCCAGGAGAGCCAAACCGAGGAGCUUUCAGGAGAUCUGCAAAGGGGUUCACAUGCAGAAAAACCAGGAGCAGCAGUCCAAGAAGAGCCCUACUAAGUUUCUACAGAAAAGUCCAGUGGCUCGACCCAAAGAUUCUGCGUAUCCUGUGAACUUAAGAGAGUCUCCUGUGGAGCAGCGUGCAGGCCUUCAAGAGGAGCUGGCCUUCAAAGACCAGACCGUCUACUCCUAUCAGCAGAUUAGUUGCCUGGACAGCGUAAUCAGGUAUUUGGAAAGCUGUAACGUGCCCAUUACAGUGAAGAGAAAGUGCCAAUCCUCCUCAAACACAACGUCCUCAAACUCAGACGAAGACAAGCAGAGAGGUGUUGAGAGCUCCAUACAAGUGUCUGAAGGUACUGAAACAAAUCCACUUUCCAAGAUUAUUUUGCAUAAUUGA